AUGUCGGGCCGCAAGUUUAUGACCACCUGCCCUGACGGGCACGACUGCGGGUUCAUGGCCACGUGCUGCGGCGCGGCAUGCUGCGAGUUCAUGCAGCAUUGUGUCGCCGACGGCGUCUGCUGCCAGUUUGGCGAGUCGCAAUGUGGCGGCGGGUGCUGCGUUGCUGGGAACAAGCCACGCGCUGUACCUCAGGCCGCUGUCAACGGCACUUGCGUCAAGGAGUCGUGCAAGCGCGUGGUGGAGUCAUGCCCGCACGGUGGGGAGGUCAAGCAGACGGUGGUGGACGGCGUGCAGGUGUGGAGCAAGGGUAUCCAUGCCGUCUGCGUCGAGUGCCCCGAUGGCACGAUACCGGCGUCCAGCUGCGGUAGCGGCCAGGCGAGCCUCCAGGGAACCUUUUGCGACAAAAACGUCCCGGUCCAGUGGCCUCCCGUGCUCGCCAUGAUGGCUGCCACCCCACUUCACGCCCUGCAUACGCCGAUGUCAGCCGAGGUGGCUGAGCCGCUGGCGCCGGCCCCGGCCUUGACAGCCGUCGGCAUCUUGGGAGUCUUCCUGGUCGCGGUUGCUGCACUGGGACCGAAAGAGGUCGCCGACCUGAUCACGGCUGCCGGCGCCUCGGCGCCGGCCGACGCCGUGUUCGGCGGCAGGUUCGCGACGGGCGAGACGCCCCGCUCGACGACCUCCGCCUCCGAGGCGGACGAGGGCGACGGCGCCGGCGGCGAUGGCGGGACCGGCUUCGACCUGUUCGGGCCGGACCCCACCCCCAUGGAGGACCUUUGA